AUGUAAAAUACCUACCUAUCUAUUAAAUUUAAAUAAAAAAUACUAGAAAAGGGUCAUUAUUCUUAUGGUACCUAGGUAGGUAAUUAAUUUUAUUUCGACGAUUGGAUACUCUCACUAAUCAAUAACCACAUAUAAUUUGUUAUGAAUGGUCUUGAAGUUCGAUCAUGUGUAUCUCAUGUGUGUAAAAUCUAACAGCAGCUAAAAAUAAAAAUAAGACGUCGAAGCUGUACAAAAAGAUGAGGACCCGGAGUAAUUCGGGCGUCCGCCUGGAUUACUACCAACGAAUUGUCCAUAAACUCAUUCUUGAUCAUCAACAACCCGUCACUGGGUUAUUCCCCGCUAGUCCACAAAACGAUCAUGCCUGGAUUAGAGAUAAUUUAUACUGUAUUUUGGCGGUAUGGGGGCUCUCAAUGGCAUUCAAGAAAAUUGCUGAUCAAGAUGAAGAUCGCGCUAAAACAUAUGAAUUGGAGCAAAGUUGUGUAAAACUUAUGCGAGGUCUCCUGAUGGCCAUGAUGCAGCAAAAGGAAAAAGUAGAGAAAUUUAAAAGCACUCAAAAUCCUCAUGAUUCUCUGCAUGCAAAGUAUUCAUCCAUAACAGGCCGCACUGUUGUCACCGAUACUGAAUGGGGACAUUUACAAAUAGAUGCCAUUUCUUUGUACCUACUAGUUCUUGCACAAAUGACAGCUUCAGGUUUACAGAUAGUAUUCUCAUUGGAUGAAGUAGCCUUUAUCCAAAACUUAGUAUUCUACAUUGAAUCAGCUUAUUGUACUCCUGAUUAUGGUAUUUGGGAGAGAGGUGACAAAACUAAUCAUGGAUUACCUGAACUGAAUGCGAGUUCAAUUGGCAUGGCUAAAGCAGCAUUAGAAGCCAUGAAUGAAUUAGAUCUGUUUGGCGCUCGGGGAGGUCCUUCUAGUGUUAUUCAUGUUUUAGCUGAUGAAGCACAAAAAUGUCAAGCUGUGCUACAAUCCAUGUUACCGAGGGAGUCAAACAGCAAAGAGUUAGAUUCUGGCCUGCUAUCCAUUAUAAGCUACCCAGCAUUUGCAGUUGAUGAUCCCAACUUGAUAACAAAGACUAGGGAAACAAUAGUAAAUAAAUUGCAAGGAAAGUUUGGUUGCAAAAGAUUCUUGAGAGAUGGUCACAAAACACCAAGGGAAGACCCAAACAGGCUUUAUUAUGAACCAUGGGAAUUGAGAAUGUUUGAAAACAUUGAAUGUGAAUGGCCUUUAUUUUUUUGCUAUCUUAUAUUGGACUAUUGUUUUCAAGGAGACAAGAAUAAUGUUUCUGAAUACAUGCAGAAGUUAGAAAUGAUAAUGAUUAGGAAGGAUGAUGGUAUGAAGCUGGUGCCUGAAUUGUAUUCUGUGCCUGCAGACAAAGCACACUUAGAACAAAGUGAACCUGGCAGUCAAGAGAGGAUCCCAUUGGGUAGAUGCCCAUUUAUUUGGGCUCAAUCACUUUAUAUCCUGGGAAAAUUGCUACAAGAAGGAUUUUUGGCAGUUGGAGAAUUAGAUCCACUAAACAGAAGAUUGUGUUCUGAAAAGAAACCUGAUGUUGUAGUACAAAUUGUAAUUUUAGCGGAAGAUAAUGAGAUUAGGGAUAAACUUUUGGAGUAUGACCUACAUGUGCAAACAAUUAACGAAGUUGCACCCAUUGAAGUACAGCCAGCCAGGGUGUUGAGUCAUCUUUAUACUUAUUUAGGUAGAAAUAAAAAAUUAGGUCUCUCAGGCAGAAAAUCUCGUGACGUCGGUAUUCUAAGCACAAGCAAGCUUUAUUCAUUGAAUGAUAGAAUUUUUGCUUUUACACCACAGUUUUCUGAUAUGAAGCGUUUCUACAUUGCUUCUGAUUACGAGUUGAUGGUAGACAUGCUCAAAUCCGAGAUUUAUUUCUUGAAGUCUUCUUGGCAAAACCUUCUAGGAAGACCACUUAUUGUUUUAACUCUGAAUGAUAUGAAUUUAGAUCAUGGAAAAAUACCAAUGGCCAUGAUUACAACAAUGAAAAAGUUGAAGUCUGGAUAUAUAAACGGAACAAGAGUGACAUUGGGUAAUCUCGGUGAUUUCUUGAGUACUUCAGCUAUAACAAAUCUGAGUUUCCUUGGGAGCCAAGAAGAUGGAUAUCCUGAUAAAUUAAACCCCCAAGUGCAGAGCUACCUAGAAGAACAUCUUCUGAAGUCUUUCAGUACUAAAUUCAGUCUGCUGUCGCGGCCCGCGGCUCGCGGACGUUCGUUGCGUCGCCGCAUGUCCGUGCGCGGCGCUAUAAAGAAAACGCGAUCGAUUAAUGUCGAUUCGGAAACAUUAGGAAUGGAAGGGGAGAACGGACCGCACGGUGUAUUGGAGAGGAAACCGUCGUGGUUAGAAGUGGACCCAGUGUAUGGGCGUAGUCCUUCACCUGAGGAUGCUAAGAGAAAAUCAUUUACUAAGGGGACGUCUACUACAAACUUAGGAGUAACACCUACAAUCGAAAUUACCAAGGAAAAAUCACCGUCGCCUCCAAAAGAAGAAGUUAUGAGCAAGAGUGUAAUUGUGCGCAAUCGUACGAUAUCUGAAAGCCAGAGCUUAGUGUACGCAGAACAAGAAACGGAUGAACUGAUCGGCAUGCUGCGUGAAACUGAAAGUUUAGAUGAACAGGGAGAUAUAUUGCAGUAUCUGGUCGAUACACAUGGACUGGAGUUCAAUACUGGAAUGUUGGAAAAUGGCAAGCCAGUAAUAGUGAAAGAUCUGCUCAAAGUGCUGUAUGAAAAGGCAUGUUCCGAAAAGCUUUGGGGACUCGUUCGUCACUCUGCUGGUAUGUUGGGCAAGAGGGUGGAAGACUUGGCUAAGGCUGUAACAGACUUGUUGGUGAGACAGAAACAGAUCACAGUGGGAAUGCCGCCUAACAAUGAGUACACUAUAACUGCGCCUUUGCCGGAGAACGAGUUGAGGCAGCUGAUUCAUUGUGCGUAUGGUGAUGAUGAAAGUACGGCUAUGUUGACACAAGAGCUACUCGUAUACUUGGCAAUGUUUAUACGCACGGAACCACAACUCUUCUUGGAAAUGUUGCGUCUUCGUGUCGGACUUAUUAUUCAGGUAAUGGCAACAGAACUUUCUCGAACGCUUUCUUGCGACGGUGAGGAGGCGUCCGAACAUCUGCUCAACUUGUCACCGUUUGAAAUGAAGAAUCUUUUAUACCACAUUCUCAGUGGAAAAGAGUUUGCUAUCAAUAGUGCAAAUUCUCUGUUUGGUAUAAGGGAAAAAAUCAAACGGGAAGGACGCGGCAACUUUUCCAUAGUUAGCAACAAAUCGAAUCGUUAUGGAAAGAAGUCACAAAUAGUGCUCGAAGGACAGAACAUUCAGGGUGGUAUUGAAGAAACCCCAACAGUGGAGCCAGAUCGUCAAGGCCAAUGGUUGAGACGUCGCCGUUUGGACGGAGCUCUAAAUCGCGUCCCCAGGGACUUCUAUCCACGGGUUUGGGGAGUUUUGGAAAAGUGUCAAGGCCUAGUAAUCCAGGGCAAAAUUCUGCAACCAAAUCUGACCCAAGAGAUGACGUCCGGAGAGUUGAAAUUCGCACUGGCAGUUGAAACAGUUCUGAAUUCGAUCCCACAACCCGAGUACAGGCAAUUGGUCGUUGAAGCUCUUAUGGUUCUUACUCUAUUAGUAGAGUAUAAGACAAUAAACAACCUUGGUGGAAUGAUCACAGUAGAACAUUUGGUGCACAAAGCCAAUCAGAUAUUUUUGGAAGAUCAGAUGCGUUGCAACGGCGACGCGACGCUGUGCUGCGCGAAGGCGGGCGCGUGCGGCGGCGCGCAGGUGUGCGGCGGCGCGGCCGGCGUGUGCCAGCUGCUGUACGACAGCGCGCCCAGCGGCAGCUACGGCACCAUGACGUACCUCGCGCGGGCCGUCGCCGCGCUGCUGGCCGGCCGCAUGCCGCCCGACACGCCGCUCGAGUGCACCAUCACGUAAUGGUCUACUAGCUGACAAGUAAUGCGGUCCACGCGCGCUGUUGCCGCACCGCCCCCCUAGACAAGUGGCUUUCUAUUAGCGUAACGUUUGAUAGAAUAGAUUAUGAAUGUAUGAGAUUGACGUAAGCUACAUUUAUCUACAGCUUAUGUCAAUCUCAUACAUUCAUAAUCUAUUCUAUCAAACGUUACGCUAAUAAAAAGCCACUUGUCUAACCCCUCUGAUCGUAAAUCGCGCAUACCACUAGCUAACUGGCAGAAUUGAGCAUACCAGUUAUGUAUUCCUGAUGACGUACGAUGCACGCGCGGUUGCCGCGCUGCUAGUGGACCGCGUUCCGCCGGAUACGCUGCAACUGGAGUGCACCAUAACGUCCCUAGCUAAUUGUUAAGUUCUCAUUCAAACCGCGCGUGCUGUUGCCGCACUGCUGGCGGACUACAUGCCGUGGGACAAAUCAUUUGCGCGUGCUUGUUGUCAUGGUAACGACAAAAUUUAUGUGACGGACAUUGCAUUGCGCGCGCCGUUGCCGCGCAGUGUAUUUUAAUCAGCGUUCCGCAAUUAAAGAUUCUACGUCAGUGCGAGUAAAUAAAUAAAAUCAGUACAUAAAAUCCCUCCCAAAGGCCUCAUCAAAUAAUCAUUUCGCCUCAUCAAAUGUUAGAAUAGCUUUAAAACAUCUUAAAUUUAAUCUUGACAACUUUUAGAACAACUGAGAAGUUUGUCUACCUUUCAUUCAUACAACGAAUAACUUCUUAUUUAUAUAACGCAGUUCAAUAAAGAAACGAAUCUUCAAUGGCGGCGCUUAUCAUUCCCUCUCGCUUAAACACGGCCGUACGGCAUGCAAAAAAAAAUUGGAAAAAUUAAAUCACUAAAAUGUAU